AAAAUAUUUUAAUCCUCUUUACAAUUAAUUACCAAAUAUUUUGUAUCAACGUGUUUAGUUUAAAGUAAAAUGCAAUUUGGCCUUUGGCCACCAUAUGUUAUCUGAAGAGAGAUGUUGUGAAUAAAUAACAAUUCCAGGUCAUCAAGUUGUUCUCAUUCCACGCAGAAAAUAAAUUUAACAAAAAAAUUAAAAAAUAAAAUAAAAUAAACAAAUAAGUCACGUAUGGAUGUAUUAAUAAUUUAAAUUGGUAAUAGAAAAAACGGAAACGUAAACACAAGGAGUUGUUACAGAAUUAAGGUUGCCUAUUUAUAUUCUAUAUUGUAUCUUAGUGUUUUAUUUUUUGUUUUUAUUUUAGUAUUUAUAAAGAGGGAAGGUGAUUCAAUGAGUUAUAGUAAAACUUUGCUUUAGCUGCCCCUGACCAAAAUACUUUAUAUUGUACCUAUGUAAAUGUGCACUGGUCGAAUAAAUAAAAUGGGCUGAACAAUUCGUAUACGUGUGGCAACUUUGUCUCCAAGAUGGAUCCAAUCCUAAAAUCAGAUGCUAAAAUUACUCGUGAUAAUGAUAAACCUUGCUGGACGAGCUUGUUUGUUGGAGCUUUUUCGGACAACUAUGGCUAUGUAAACAACGUUAAGGAUUGCAGAAAAGUCAUAGAGUACUUCUCCGAAGUAACGUCGUCAAAAUAUGUCAUUACUAAAGUGCAUAAGGAUUUCGGAGAAACUGAUUUCAAAAGACAGCCGCACCGUCUCACCUGGGAAUGCCAAGCUUCGGACCACAAUGGAAUGGAAAUUGCUUUUGAUGGAAUUCCCUUCAUGAUUGUCAGCAAGAAGGUAAUGAGUUGUCAAUAUGGAUCCGACAAAUGCAUUGCACAGAAACGACGGUAUAGAGAGAAGAUGGAGGAACCAGGAAUGAAAAAGAAAAGAAGGAAUGUUGUUUUUACAAAAAAACGAGAUUGUCCAGCACAGAUACGGCUUAGAGAGGUCAUCAAAUUUCCUGAUUAUAAGGUGAAAAAUGAUUCCAAAUACAACAGAAGAGUUCUAUCUCGAAAGUGUCACAAUGACAUGAAGACUGGUGUGAAUGUGAGCUUCCAGCGGCGCAUCUAUAUCUGUCUACCAUCUCCUGAUGAUCACCAGUUUCAUCCGACACACAAGAAGGGCGUCAGAAUGAGAGCAGCAGUAUUGGAAAAGCCGAGUGACCUACCACAGCACAGGUUAAAGGUUAGCGUUAACCGGGUUUCUAGGCCAGAGCCUAAGAGAAACGAGGUGCUGAUAAAAGUAGCCGCAACAUCUGUUAGCAGACAGGAUAUAAGUAAGAGAUACGAGGCUUGGCCUUUGAAAUGUGGUGUGUCCAACAUGCUGGGAACAGAAGCAGCAGGUACAAUAGAGAAAGUUGGCGACGUCCUUCAGUCUACCUGGAAGAAAGGUGAUCGUGUGAUGUGUCUUCUGUCCAGUGGUGGGAAUGCUGAGUAUGUGAAUGCCUUAGAGGACCACUUGAUGCUGGUUCCUGAUUUCAUGUCUUUCUCUGCAGCAGCAGCUAUACCAGAGGUGUGGCUCAUGGCUUAUCAUCUUCUGUAUGGAAUUGGCAACAUAAAGAAAGGAGAUGAUGUGCUGAUACAUGCAGGGGCAAGUGGUGUUGGGACUGCUGCCAUUCAGCUGGUCAACUUGGCCGGUGGUCGGGCUAUUGUCACGGCAGGAUCAUGGAGUAAGGUGGAACUGUGUAAAAGCAUUGGUGCUGUGGCCGGGUUCAAUUAUAAAGAACAGGAUUUUGCACAAGAAGUGCUACAAUUUACCGAAGAUCAAGGAGUAAAAAUCAUCUUGGACUGUGUUGGUGGUAUCCAUUGUGCGGGUAAUGUUAAAGUUAUAGCAACUGACGGGCUAUGGAUCAUUUACGGACUGUUGAGUGGUAGUGAGAUAAGUGGUGACAUAUUACCGGCCAUUCUGAAGAAACGAGUGAGCAUCAAGGGGGCAUCUAUGCAUAAUAUGCCUGAUAGUUACAAAGUUGAACUGAUAAAGGAGUUCAAGCAGAAUAUAUUACCUCACUUUACUCCUGGUAGUUCUGUCGCAUUGUCACCCAUCAUCAACAAGAUGUAUGCGUUGAAGGGCAUUGUGGAAGCUCAUGAUUUUGUCGAAUCCAACACGAGCAUGGGAAAAGUAAUCAUCACUUUGGAAGAAACCAAAGAUACCUCAAGUAGAGAUGAACAAACAAAGAGGGAGCUCUUUGAAGUUGCGAAAAGUUUCCAAGCUCUUGCUGAUGGGAUUGUUGAAAUAGAACAAGUUGCGGAAGUUACACAGAAAGGGGCUGUUGGGAGUGAUGCUGCUGUCUUGAUGACUAGCCCCCUCCAGGGUAUGACAAAUCAGAUAAUUGAGUUGAAACACGGGGGAAGCAUUGCCCAGACGGAAACGGAAAAAAGCGUUCAGGUGUUACUUGCAGAUAAAAAUGUUGAGUCAAGCGUACAUGUGACCACAGCUUCCACAGGACCAGUGCAAAGCAUGAACACUGGUGAACUGUUAGUCAGUAUGCAAAGCAUAGAAUCGAAAAACACUAUGGUGUUUACAGAACCAACACAAACUUUUAUCAUUCAAAAUGACCAGGCAGCUGUUUUACAAGCAAAAGAUAGACAGGUAUUUCAGGAUAAAACUCAGGGGCAUACUUUCGUCGAACAACAACAGCCCAACAGUACAUGUAUUUACACAGGUACACCAAAUGCUAACCAAAAUCAAUUAUUAAGUCAUGUGCAAUCAGUUGAACAGUCUAAUAACUUUGGCCAAUCAGAAACAGUGCAUCUUUUAAACCAAGCACACAUUGAAGGACAUCCACAGUUAAUUGGUCAGGUCCAGGAGGUUGAAACCAUGGAGACUGACCACCUUUACCAAGAACAGCAGACUGGACAUCAGUCAUUCAUAGGUAAUAAUAAUCAAACUAUAAACAUACAGGCUCAGCAUAGUCAAUUUGAGAACUUGACUGGUUCCAAUCAAUCUCAAAACAUCCACGCCCAACACGGUUUGGAUCGAGGCUUUGCACAGGAAGCUGUGUACACAAACCAACCUCAUCAACCUGCCAAUAACAAACAAGAAAUUAUAUUUGUACUCGAACAAGAUGUAGGAAAUCCUGAAUCAGAAUUUGUUUUGGAUAAAGCUUUGGCGAAAUCAUAGUAAUAAUUUGUUACCAUUUUAGAAAUAGAGUAAUAAGAAGGUAUUUUGUUUUCAGUCUUUCAGUUGAAGAAAACUAAGAUUUUUGAAAUUUAUUUAUAAUUAAGUUUCUUCAAAUGCCCUAUAUUUCUUCUUUACAUCCAGCAGCAGGUAUAUAGUUGCUUUGGUAUAAUAUUUUAUAAUAAUUCAUCAGGUUUUUUAAAAAUAAAAAAACAAAACUUUUUAUGUGAUCAUAGAAUACUCUCUCUGUGUUCCGUAUCAAGUGAUGUUGGUGACUUUAGAAUGCCAAUCUUUCAUUUACUUUGCCAUUCUCAGAAGAUUGAGGUUAUUGACACGCGUCCAGGCAGCAAUUCCUUGAAGAAAAGUUGCUAUCUGGCGCCCUUUUUCUCUCCUUUCAUCAAUCUUCCACAUGAGAAAUAAACCUUCCAACUUCCCUUCCUCAUACAGUGUAUGAGUUGUCGAGUUGUAGUUCCUUAAUCUUCUUAAGCACCUGUUGGCUGCCUGCAGUGUGUAAAAAUUUAAUUUUGGUGUGACUUGUCCAUGGGAUUCUUAACAAUCCGUCAAAGAAACCACAUUUCGGUUGCUUGCAAUCGGUCUUCCAUUGCCUUUGAGAUUGAUCUGCUCUUGCAACCAUAUUUGAGAAUUUGCAUUAAAUAGCAAUCUAGGACUUUGAGACUGCUCAUUUUGGAGGACGGACUCUUUUGCCAGUGCUAUUCUCUAAAAUUUCUCUAUCACAUCUCCCAUCUGUUGUUAAUCCAUCUUCCCAGAUAUUUGGAAACUUUAACUUGUUUCAGAGAUUGCCCAUGGAUUUUAGUGUUUCAGAUAGGAACAUCUUUCUGCUUUGAAACUAAAAGACAUUUUUAAUUUUUUUUUGUUUUUGUGAUUAAUAAAAGAAGGCUUAACAUGGAAACUCCGCAUUACCAAUUUCUUAAAAAUGUGUUCACAUCUUAUGUGUCCAUUUUAAGCGCCUUGCCAAAGAAUAUAAGUAAUGUGACCAGAGUCUUCUCAAAAAGAAGGCCUGGCGCUAGAAAGUGCAAAGCCAUACAGUUUGUACAAAAUGUUUUCAUUCAUCCAUCUCAACACUUAAGCUCUGUCUACACUAUCAAAUUUUAUGUGAAAAAUAUAUGUGUUAUGCCCAUAUAUGGGUACACCACACAAAUUUGUCACAUAAAAUGUGAUAGUGUGUGGUCAAAGCCUAAAGCCGAUUUUCCACUAGGCGAAUUUAUUCGCGCGUAUCGAAGGCGCCGGUUUGGUUCCUGAGCUCUGAUUGUUUGCGCACAUUUGUCGCUUCGCAAAAAGUAGAAACAGUUCGAACUACCAAUUUUGCUAUUUAAAGUGAAAACUCCGAUAGAAAUAUGAAUGUGCAUGCGAAUGAACGGCGCUUUCGAUUCGCGCGAAUAAAUUCACCUAGUGGAAAACUGUCUUAACAGAGGAUGGAAGUACUGGUAAAGCUUUUUAAGUCUCAUUAUGAAGCAAAGAAAAUGGAGUUGUUUUUAGUAAUGAGCAAUUAUAUUCUGGUGCUAGAAAUGCAUUUUAUCUAUUCUACUGCUCUACUCAAAUGAUGUUUUAGUUUAUUCUUAAACAGAAUUGUUUAGUUUACUCAAUGAAUGUUCUUUUAUUCAUCAUCUUUUCCUCCCUUGCAUUUGUGGUAUUGCAGUGUGUUUAUAGAUUGACAUCACUCCAAGUAAAUGCUCAUUGGCAGGUCUUGGGGGGAAAAAAUAAAAAAAUAAAAAUAAUUCUAGACCCGUGAGCUGAAUAUUUUCUUGUUACAAUAGGAAAGUCGGGAAAGCUCAUUUCUCGCCAUCUAGGAAUCAACAUUUUUCAGGGGAGGACCCUGAACUCCCGUUCUCUUUGGGGUUCUUCGAUUAUUGGAAAAAAGUAUACAUAUGCAACUACUAAAUUAUUUUUUAAGUAAAUACACAAGUACAGUAGUUGAAGUGUUCGGUCACUUUCCCCACUUUAAACAGAGUAAUAUACUGUAAUCAACUUCGACGCCAUAAAAGGUAAUGCACGUGCAUGUGGAAGCAGUUUGAGGCAUUUUAAUGGGGAGACUGACCUGUUAAGGGACGAAUAGAAAUUUGCAUAGGGCAUCAAAGCAGUGCAAGAGUCCCUAGGGCCACUGAAGAAAAAGUCGUCUAAUAUGUAGGACAUGUCCUGUACCCCAAACUUACGUUGCAUGACCCAUGUUAGUGAUAAGCUAAUUGCUUUGAAGUUCUGACAGACAGCUGUAUCGGCAUUCAACGAUCAAAAAAAAGGAACCCUCCCAAGAAAACUAUUAAUAAUAGGAAGGAAUCAUCUAGAUGAAUCGGGGCUAUACGGAAUGCAUCCUCUAUGCCUGUUUUUGCCAUGAGGCAGCCCCUGCUAUAUUUUAGAACCAGGCGUACAAUAUCGUCGAUGGUGUCACAUGACCUGUUCAUGAACAUCUCACCAAAGCCAUUCAAUUCUUGAAUUGUGGACACUACAGCCUGUGGUGAAAGAUCCUCGUCCUGGUUCUCUGAGGAGUGUUCAAGCUGUACAUUGCAACAUCUAGGCCUACAUUUUCUCCUCAGCUCUAACCCUUGAGAAACUAAGCAUCCAUCUAUCGUCCUGUAUUCAGCCUUUGGCAUGCAUAGUGUAAAAUAAACUGUACAGUUGUCUAACGGAGAAGUUACACUCUUUAAGUAUUCUUUUGAUUGUCUUCUCACUAACAAAAAAACAGUUUGCAAUUUCUCUAACGGUACUUCCCAUUUGUCCUUUAUCCGUAUAAUACUUAGAUCAUUUGUCCCGCUUGCAACAUCUUUGAAAACUCCUCUUUUCCCCCGAAAUUGACCAUGUUUUAGUAUAUUUAGUUUUGGUAAACUAUUACCAUUAAUAUUUCAAUCCUAUUAAGUUGGAUUUGGCCAUUUCCAGUUUCGACCUGCUGGAUGCAAUACCGAGACUCUGAUAUCUGCUUGAUCACCUAUCUCCUUCACUUUGCCAGGAUAUUGCGUGCCAUCGUGCAGUAUGGUGCACCAUUGACCAACUUCUAAUAAAUUAUUAUUGUUGUCGUCAUGCUGAUUAAUUGCUGUUUUAUGUGCCACUCCAUCAGUAUUUACUCCAUCAGUAGUUACAAGGAGGGCCACAAUUUUUCCAUGCACAAUCUGGAUGUGAUGCAUUUGUGCUGUUUUAAUUGGCUGAGGUAAAAUAGCAUCAAGGUUCAGCUUAAAGUUAUUGGAACCUCAUACAUUCUGUGUUGGAUAUUUAUAUUCACUUACAUAUAAAAACCCUGAGGUAUGGAAAUAUAAAGUCGCAGGUUUAUCAUAAUUUAAAAAAAUCAUGAUUUAUAGCGAUUUUUCCAACAUUUAAGCCACCUCACAAUGUUUACAAUGGCCAUGUGACGCAAUGAUGUCA